CAACAACUAAUACAGCAGCUGCAACAACAAAAGCUGCAGCAGUUGAAACAACAGAUGCAGCAACAACAGAUUAAGCAGCUAGAACAACAGCUGAAACAACAUUGGGAGCUGCAGCAGUUACAACAACAACGACUGGAGCUGCAGCAACAACAACAGAUUGAGCAGCUAGAACAAGAGCUAGAGCAGCAUCAGAUUGAACAGUUACAACAGGAGUGGAAACUAGAUUGGGAGCUGCAUCAGUUACAACAAAAACAACUGGAGUUGCGUCAACAACAACGGAUAAAGCAGCAAAAACAAGAGCUGGAGCAGCAUGAGAUUGAACAGAUACAACAGGAGUGGAAACGAGAUUGGGAGCUGCUUCGGUUACAACAACAACAACUGGAGCUGCAGCAACAACAACAGAUUAGGCUGCUAAAACAAGAGCUUCAACAACAGGAGCUGCAGCAGUUACAAUUGGAGCAAGUAAAACGGGAAUUGGCAGACCGUCAUGAUCAGGCGAUGAAGUCAAGCGCAGUGCAGCAACAGAACAGGCGAGACAACGGCCACUACCCCACAGAAAGGGCACACCGGCAAGGAGACAGCAACGUUGACAGAGACCGGGACGGUCGGAAGGACCGAAGUCGCGGCGACAGAAGAGACGAAGCAAGAGACCGUGAUGGCAAUAAUGACAGGAACCGUUCGAGGAGCGGCGACAGAAGAGACGAAGCAAGAGACCGUGAUGGUAAUAAUGACAGGGACCGUUCGAGGAGCGGCUCGCGGGAGAGGAGAGAAGACGGCCGUCGUCGUCCGUCCAGGAGCAGGAUGUGAGGCCGGCGUGUGAAGCCCGAUCCCUCGCCCCAGUCCAUGGUCGGUUCUGUGAUCUCCGAAGCUCCCUGUGCUCCCGGUGAUCUUACUCGUGGUACGGCGCUGCCCAUCAGUGUGUCAAGCAGCGCUCUGCAGCAGCAGCAGGUCUACAACAGCUCUUCCAUCAUCGUAACGUCUCCAGCCAAUCUCUCCUCAUCACUACAAUGUUGUUAUACGAACCUCUCCCCGAAUGUGGCAUCUUCAAUUCACUCUUGUCCCGUUAAUAUUCUUGAAUCAAAAUUCGUUCCUAGCAGCUCAAAACAUGUUGAGAUUACUUAGCUUGAUACAGUGUGUGUUUCCAGACACACUCCAGACACGAUACUUGUUUUUUAUCAUUUGAACGAAAUAAAUUUUAGGUACAGGUACACAUCCAUCAUUCAUAGUGUCCAGCUCUUUGUUGCGCCGCAACUGUUCUUGCUGUCCUGUUCGAUCCUGGGGCAUUUGAUCUUGGGCUGAUACGAGGCAAGGCUGUUUGAUCUUGAGCUGAUAUGAUGCCAUGCGGUUUGAUCGUGGGCUGGUUUGAAUCCGGGCGGUUUGAUCGUGGGCUGAUUUGAUGCCAGGCGCUUUGAUCGUGGGCAACGCGUUCCGAUUUGGUGAAUGCAUGCUGGCGAAUUUCUGGUGUGUUGAAUUGAUGCUGUCAGCAAUUGCUUUCGAUUUAUUGUCUACUUGUAUUGCAUUUUACUCAUACAUCUAAAUUUGAAUAUCUAAGAUUUUCCCUGCUUCAGAAAUUAAUGCUGAAAUGUGGAUGAGCAGAAUAUUGGUUUAUAAUUUGGGAUAAUAAUAGUGUGUACAUCAUAAUAACUUAUAGAUAGU